AUGGAUUCCAAGUACGCUUGUAUGGGUGUUAAUAAUUCUAAAGGUAAUGGCUUGAAGAGAAAUCAGAUUAUGAUUGAUAGUAUCAAAGUAAAGAAGAUAAAGUUAAAUAAUGAAAUUGCCAGUGUAGCACAUACUAGUAAGGUGGAAGCAAAUGGCUGCAACAAUACACAUGUUAAUGAUAAUAUGUUUGACAAAGAAUCUCCACAGGAUUUAUUGGAAGCCAGGAGGCAGUUACCAGUUUACAUGGUUAAAAAGAGACUUUUAGAAGAAAUAAAAAAGAACAACACUAUGAUUCUGAUAGGAGAAACAGGAAGUGGCAAAACUACACAGAUACCUCAAUUGAUUCAUGAACAGAGAAUAGAAGGUGCAGGAACUAUUGCUAUAACACAACCUCGGAGAGUUGCUGCGAUUACUAUAGCACUGAGAGUGGCAGCUGAAAUGAACACUGAAGUGGGAUCUAUUGUUGGGUACUCAGUGAGGUUUGAGGAUGUAACAAGUCCAAGGACUAAAGUAAAGUAUUUGACAGAUGGAAUGUUACUUAGAGAAGCUACUCUAGACCCCUUGCUUAAAAAGUAUUCCAUAAUAAUACUAGAUGAGGCACAUGAGAGGACAGUGAGCACUGAUGUGCUCUUUGGUAUUGUAAAACUAGCACAGAAGGAAAGAAAUGAAGAGAAGAUGAAUCCUUUAAAGCUAAUAAUUAUGUCUGCAACAAUGGAUGUGGAUGCUUUUAGAAAAUAUUUCAACAAUUGCCCUGUAAUUUACUUAGAGGGGCGAACUUAUCCAGUCACUAUAUAUCACUCAAAGAUGAAGCAAGAUGACUAUCAAUAUGCUGCUGUUUGCACCAUAUUUCAACUUCAUGCAACAACACCGGCAAACCAUGACUUCUUAGUAUUUCUGACUGGACAAGAAGAAAUCGAGACAGUCAUGUAUAAUAUUAAACAGAUAGCCAAAGAAGCCACAGGUCCUCCCAUUAGGGUAUGUCCACUAUAUGCUGGUCUGCCUGCAGCAAAACAAUUACAAGUCUGGCGGGUUGUGCCGCCCGGAACUAGAAAAAUAAUAUUGGCCACAAAUAUUGCUGAGGCAUCUGUUACUAUACCCCGAAUUAAAUGUGUCAUUGAUACAGGCGUAGUGAAAGAAAGGACAUGGUGUGGUAGUACAGGCGCCGAGCGUCUGAUGGUGCGGCCGUGUUCCCAAGCGGCGGGUUGGCAACGAGCCGGCCGUGCGGGCCGUACAGCUCCUGGAUUGGCUUAUCGCCUCUAUACUGCAGCUGAUUUCAAGGCCCGACAUUACCAUCACACGCCAGAAAUUGUCAGAUGUCCCCUGGCAUCUACACUUUUGCUACUAAUAGCGGCGGGGGCUGAACCUACUACUUUCCCGUUGAUAGAUGCGCCUCCACCAGAUACUGUGAAAGCUUCAUUACUAUUGCUCAAGGAAUUAGGUGCAAUUGAUAAUGACACCAACCCUAAAUUGACGGUGCUUGGAAAAAAAAUGUCAAUGUUCCCGAUUGACCCAAAAUAUUCCAAAAUCCUUUUGAGCGCGACGGAAUAUAGCUGUUUAGACGAGGCGUUAAGUUUGGUAGCCGUUCUCUCAAGUCAAAAUCUAUUUCACACACCUGUGUACAAGAGGGCUGAAGCUUUAACAGCUAAACAGAAGUUUCUGUCUCCGUUAGGCGAUCACAUAACUCUUCUCAAUGUAUUCAAAGCAUUUUGUAAGGCACCUUUGAAGAAGCAAUGGUGUAGAGAGAACUAUUUAAAUCAUAAGAAUUUGACUUACGCGUGCGAAGUGCGUCAGCAAUUGCUUGCCAUAUGCCAGAAAUUGAAUAUGAAUGUAAGCAGUUGUGGACAAGCAUAUGAACAGCUAUUGAAGUGUCUUCUCUGCGGGUUAUUCACGAACUGUGCGUGGCUAAGAGGAGUAGGGGCGGGCGGACGGUACGUGACGGCAGGAGGCACGGCCGCCGGCCUGCACCCUUCCGGAUCGCUGCACACCGUGCGGCCGCUGCCCCCCGCCCUGCUGUACACAGAGCUACUGCAGACCAAUCGCUGUUACAUGCUGACGGUGUCCGCCAUCCAGCCGCAGUGGCUGCACCAAGUGGCACCAGAAUACGCCAGGCGAUGCCGCGCCAAUCGGUGA